AUGUCUUCCCACAAGACUUUUAGGAUCAAGAGGUUCCUAGCCAAUAAGCAAAAGCAGAAUCAGUCCAUUCCCCAAUGGAUUUGGAUGACAACUGGUAAUAAAAUCAGGUACCACUCAAAGAGGAGACAUUGGAGAAGAACAAAACUGGGUCUAUGA